UUUUGUUUUCACUGUAGCACCAUGAAUCAAUUAUUUGUAAACAAUCAGGUAUCAUGAGUAAUGGAAAUAAUUCUGAAUCACAAAAUUUAAUUUAAACAUCAUAUAUAUAUAAAUCUUCUCUCACACCACUGAAUACUUUAACAUUUUCCUGAGGUGAUACAUUAUAGAAUAAUAAUACGUGAUAGAAAGGAUACUAAGUAGAAAGUUACCUGUUUGGUAGUACAGGUAUUGAUGUAGUUAAUUAGUGGAUGACAGAUUUGGAUUACAUGUUAUUGUAAAAAUCAUUAACACUAAAAAUUUGUGAAGAAAGUUACAAAAAUUUGAGUUUUCAUAAGGAGAAUUAGUGUCUGGAUAUAACUAGGUUAUUACAGGUAGUUUCAAGUAUCUACCAUAAAUAUUCUGAGUCUGUGACUAUCAGGAAAUCAAUACAAAAUGGUGGUUAAAGACAGGACUUUGGAAAUGCAAAAGAAACGUGAAGAACUUGGGAGAAACAGCAAGAGAUUUUCAUUCAAGAAGAAAAAUACACCAAUGGAUAUCUUAAUGAAGAAAGUGAAGUGUAUAGAAAAUGACCUUAUUGAGAUACAAAGCCAUGUAACUGAAGUCACAAAACUUCAAAAUAAUCUCUAUUGUUCUCCAUUUGUCACACAGACCGAAUUAAAAAACAUGGAAAAAUUAUCUGAUCAUAUUUUAACCAAAUCUGUGAAAAUACGUAAAGAAAUUGAAGCUUUAUCUAACAACAAUAAUGAAAUAUCAGAACCUGACGCAUAUCAGAAAGUAUGUGUGAAUCAAAUUGAGAGAUUGUCUCAUCAGCUUCGCGAGAUUAUGAAUACUUUCAGAUCAAAUCAGGCAGAUUAUAUAGACAAAACUAGGACAAGAUUCCAGAGGAAGGUGGAGAUUGUCUCCAAGGAGGAUAACCCCGAUAUUGACAUGAACCAAGUAGACUUCCAAACUCAUUCAGUUUUUACCGAUAAUAUCAUAAUUCAAAUGCAAACAGCCAAAUCUGAUCUACAAGAGUUGGAAGAUAGGGAGAAAGAACUCCAUCAGUUAGAAAAUCAAAUCCAUGAAGUUAAUCAAUUAUUCAAGGAGAUGAAUGUUUUAGUUGGUGAACAAGGAGACAUGUUAAAUAAUAUCGAAAAAAAUGUAGAGGACGCUGUUGUACAUGUGACAAAAACAAAUAAAGUAUUAAGGCAGGCCAAAGAGUACAAGUCAAAAGCAAGAAAAAAGAAAUUUAUAUGUGCCGCUAUCUUAGGUGCUGUGAUAGUUAUAACAGUUGUUGUUCUUAUCAUAGUAUUUGCUUAGUGAAGUUUCUACCUUAGUGGUGCAUUCUUUGUUUAUGAUAUUUGUCACUGUUAAAUCAUUUCCCAUAUACAUGUAUUUUUUGUAAAUUGAUUAUUUUUGUAGUAAAAUAUCUAUAUGUUUUAAAAAAUUAGUUGAUUUGCAUUCAACAAUCCUUUCAGAAUUUUACAUCAAUGACCUGUUAAAUGCAGACUUGGCCUAAAGUCCAAUGACAUAUUUAAUGCAGACUUGGCCUGAAGUCUGAACUAUUUAUCAACAGAUCUUUUUAUCAAUAAACCCAACAGGAAUAUCCAAUAAUAUGAACAAAGCUGACAAUGACCAGAUGCAAAUGAUAAGAUCUUUAUUUAGCCUAAAGUAAAAUUUUAAACUGAAUCAAUAAAUAUUUCAUCCACAAAACCUAGAUAAAAACUUUCA